GGGAGAGAAAAGUUCGCCCCGGUGCUGUAGGAUUCGCCGCAAAAGGGAGGGUCCGAUGGAUGUGGAAUCUCGACGGCGAUUGGGUCCCAUGGUCUGCUGUUACGUGUCGCCGUCUGCUGAUUGUUUUCCCUUUUUCUUUUUGUGAACUUGACCCCCGCGCACGUCUUCUCCACCCUAUAUUACACGGGGUGGGACCGUCGCAAGUCCUCACUGUUAAUCACAAGCUCCGCAGCUCUCGUAAGCAGCUCGACCGUCGCCCUCACCGUUGCCCAGGGAUAAAGAAACCCCAGUGCCUUAACCUGUUUCGACGCUAGUUGGUUGCCGACUCUGUGACCUAACACAACACACUCUCGUCGCUCUCUCUCUCGACGUUUUUACUCUCUCGCACAAGUUUACACCGAUCGUUUAGCGUUUCAAGAUGCCUUUCGUCCCCGUCGAUAUCGCCAAGUGCCCCAAGUGCUCCAAGUCCGUGUACGCCGCCGAAGAGCGCGUAGCCGGUGGCAUGAAAUGGCACAAGCAGUGCUUCAAAUGCGGCCUGUGCAACAAGAUGUUGGACUCGACCAACGCCAACACUCACGAGAACGAGCUCUUUUGUAAGGUUUGUCACGCUCGCAAGUACGGACCCAAGGGAUACGGAUUCGGCGGUGGAGCCGGAGCUUUGAGCAUGGACGUCGGAGAACAUUUGGGCAACACUCAGUCCGUCUCCAAUCGCCCGGCUCCUGCUGCUGAGAAGCCAGUGCCGCAGGCUCCGGCUGGCGAAGGAUGCCCCCGCUGCGGUGGCCACGUCUACGAAGCCGAGCGGAUGUUGGCCGGUGGCAGAUCGUGGCACAAGAAGUGCUACAAGUGCAAGGACUGCCGCAAGCAUCUGGACUCGACCAACUGCUGCGAAGCUCCCGACAAAGAAAUCUACUGCAAACUUUGCUAUGCCAAAGGAUUCGGCCCGAUAGGCUAUGGCUUCGGCACGACACUUACCUCCGACGUAGACCGCCUCGAUAAGGGCAAUGCGGAAAAGAUGCGUCCAAGCCGGCCGGAUUUGGGCGUCAUCAAGGCGACUGAAGGACAGGACGGAUGCCCGCGCUGCGGCGGCGCCGUCUUCGCCGCCGAGACAAUGUUGGCUCGUGGAACGGUUUGGCACAAGACUUGCUUCAACUGCAAAGAGUGCAAGCGCGUAUUGGACUCGGUGCUGGCCUGUGACGGGCCAGAUCGUGACGUCUACUGCAAGCUCUGCUACGCCAAGAAAUUCGGCCCCAAAGGAUACGGAUUCGGAGCCGGAGGCGCUUUCCUGAUGGCCGACUCCAUUCCAAACGACAUGGAAAAUUUGGCUUUCAAGGCUAUCGACACCAAGACCAUCAAGGCUCCGGAGGGCCAGGGUUGCCCCCGUUGCGGCGGAAGCGUCUUUGCGGCUGAGCUGAUGCUGUCCAAAGGACAAGAGUGGCACAAAAAGUGCUUCAGCUGCGGCGAUUGCCACCGGCCGCUGGACUCUGUCCUGGCCUGCGACGGCCCCAACAAGGACAUUUACUGCAAGGCCUGCUACGGCAAACGAUUCGGACCGAAAGGCUUCGGCUACGGCCACUCGCCCACUCUGGUCUGCACUACAGGCACCGCUGACGUGCCCGUCGAGGCCAAGCAGGGCCUCAAGGCCGCAGAAGGUGAGGGCUGCCCUCGCUGCGGAUUCUGCGUCUACGCCGCCGAGCAGAUGAUUAGCAAGACCCGAGUGUGGCACAAGCGCUGUUUCAACUGCAGCGAUUGUCAUCACUCGUUGGACUCGACCAACCUGAACGACGGUCCCGACAAUGACAUUUACUGCGUCGGCUGCUAUCGCAGAAAGUUCGGCCCACACGGAGUCGGUUACGGCAUGGGCGGCGGAGCUCUGCAAACUUUCUAAAACUAAAAAUUUUAAAAAACAAAACAACAAAAGAAUCAUUUUUUCGGACAAUACGAUUUAUAGAUGAUGUUGAUGACGGGGUUAUUAACCGCAUCACUCGCGCUGUCCGCUGCUUUUUCACCUCCUAAAAUUUGAGGGAUUACCACACAAAAAAAAGAGAAAAAUAUUAAAAAAAAAAAAAGAAAUAAAAAUAUUAAUCAAAUGCUUUUUAUGGGGAAUUAAGUUAAGUGGGGGGAUUUUUUUCUAAAUUAAAGAAAAACAAAAUAAAAUUUUGUUUUCAGCUUUUUGAUACACCACAAAUGUCCAGACACCAAAUUUCUUUCUAUUAUUACCCACCCAAAAACAAAAUAAUCCACAUACGAUUGUUCAAAAUUAUAUUUAAUCUCCGAAUGUUUUUUUUUAAACUAUUUCUUCGCUCCGAUACCUAUCAAAUUUGACUAAUCGAUUGAUCCUAGCGUAUAAUAUUUGUAGUCUUUUUAUUUUUCAAAAAAUGGCGGGCAGAAAUGUCGGCCUUUAUUCAUGGAAUGAGUCGUUCUAGUCCUUGAUUCAUCAUGCAUCUAACUCGUGUCGUGAAAGGCCUUUUUUUUCAAAAACAAAUUUAAAGAUGAACAGAAUCAAAAUUGAAUGGCAAAAAGAUGGAAAAACAAACAAAUUUGAAUGAAAGAAAUCGACAACAGGUGACGCUAAAGUUGUCAUUUCUUGAAUUCUCUAAAUUUUUCUUUUUUCUUCUUUUUGUCGGUGUUUUUUUAUUAUUUUAAAAAUUUUCUGUUUGGCUUUUGAUAUUAUUUUAUUUGAUGCUGCUAUUUUCUUAUUAUUUAUACACAAGUUGAUUUUAUGUUUGAAGGAGAGAGCGCAUGUGUGUGAUGACGUGUCCGAGUGUGAUGACGAGGUGGCCAUAUUUGUAUAACGAUAUUUUGAUUGUUAUUAUUAUUAUUAUUUUUAAUUUGAAUUUGUUGCUAUUAUUUCUUCAACCUCAUAUUUUUGAUUGACCCCCUCUCCUCAAAUUCUUUGCGGCUUUUGGCGACCAUUUCACCCACCAGGAAACAAACAAUCACGACGACAAGCAGACAAAAUUGUUGACUAAUAACUCGUUACGUCUUUAUAUAAAUAACACGCGCUGACAGCAGCUGAUGAAUUGUGUCCUAUUUUGUUUGUCUUUUUUCUUUAUUUGAUUUAAUUAUUAUUAUUUUUUUAAAUUCCACUAUUCACCUGGGAGCUGUUUCAGCGGUUAAAAAAAAAAUUGAUUCCCUGUUUGAUUUCUUAUUCUGCUUCUCUCUCGCCCUUUGAUUCUGUAGCGGCAACAGCGCUUCCUUAUUAUUAUUCUUAUUCGUUCAAGAAUUAUCUAUUCAGACUUGGA